AUGGCCCUAUCUCCUACCUAUCAGGGCUACAUAUCUACCACUGGCGACGCGUUGAUCGUGAUCCAGGCAGCUCUAAAUAACCAUUUGAAUCUUCUUCCCCGAAGACCAAGAGAAAGAGAGCGAGAUGGGCUAAUACGAUCAGGUAACGUAUUUGUUUUUGUCGAGCAACGGUCUCAUAUCAAACGAUGGACCGAUGGUAUCCCCUGGUCUCCAUCUAGAGUCCUUGGAAAGUUCUUGUUGUAUCGGGAACUGGACAAGGAUACCCCCAAAAACUCGCAAAGUGACGAAGAUACUGAGGAGGGGAGAAAGAGGCGAAAGACUUCUGUGGAUGUAACCGAUCCAAAUACCAGGCAGUUGGUGGGAUCAUUGGUGACUUCCUAUGACUUCAAAGAGGAUGGACUUAUUAAAAAAACACUCUCCUUGACUUUCCAGACCGGUGCUAAUGAAGAAAGGGAAACAGUGCACUUGAUUAGUUAUUAUACUCCGGAAGAUGUAACGAACCAUCGUUUGAACAGGCCGUCUGACAAUCCAUAUCUGGCCAAUAUCACUGUUUCAGAGUCAUUAUUGACUGCCUUGAGAGAGAGUACCCUUGGAGGAAGAGCAACGUCUGAUGACGAGCUUUCUUUAGUCAGAAGUAACUCGUUAGAGUACCAAGAGGUACCAAUGAACAUAUCUAUGUCUUUACCUUUAUCAACUCCACUUUCCUUGAACACAGGAGUAAACUCAACUACCCAGCUGCAACAGCAACAACUACAACAACAACAACAGCAACAGCAACAGCAGCAGCAACAACAGCAGCAACAACAGCAACCGGUAGCAUCCCUUCCAAAAUUUGAUGGAUCCUUUCUAUUACAACAGGGUGUAAUUCCAGUUCCUCAUUUCAUGGACCAAAAAAUGGGAAGUAGCAAUUCGUGGAUUAACAAUUGGUUUCGUCCAAAUUCGUCAGAAUCAAAUGGGCUAUCGGUUAUCGGACCUCACAAGGGAUAUGACGAACAAAGUCCAGCAACGAGUUAUACUUUGAAUGAACGUUGA